AUGGAUCCCGCUCACAUUCUCACCGGGGCCCAUGAGAUCUAUGCUCGCUCCGGGGGGCUCACCGAUUCAACCGAUGAGCGACCACCCGUCUUCAAGGCGAUCGGUAUCUCCCUCGCCGUAGGCUCAGGCGCGUUCAUCGGAACAUCUUUUGUUCUCAAGAAGGUGGGCCUGCUCAAGGCCAACGAGAAGUAUAACGAGGUUGCCGGCGAAGGCUAUGGCUACCUCAAGAAUGCCUACUGGUGGUCGGGCAUGACAUUGAUGAUCCUGGGCGAGGUUUUGAACUUUGUGGCAUAUGCCUUUACGGAUGCCAUUCUUGUCACGCCGCUCGGGGCCCUGAGCGUCGUCAUCACAACCGUCCUGUCCGCCAUCUUCCUAAAGGAGCGACUGAGCAUGGUCGGCAAGGUGGCUUGCUUCCUCUGCAUCGUCGGUUCCGUCGUCAUCGUCAUGAACGCUCCCCAGGAAUCCUCCGUCGCCAACAUCCAGCAGAUGCAGAAGUUUGUCAUUGCGCCCGGCUUUCUCUCCUACGCCGGUGUCAUUAUUGUUGGCUCCGCCAUCGUUGCCUUUUGGUUAGGUCCCAAGUACGGCAAGAAGAACAUGCUGGUCUACAUUUCUAUCUGCAGUUGGGUCGGAGGACUCAGUGUGGUGGCAACUCAGGGCCUCGGCGCCGCGAUCGUGGCGCAGAUAGGGGGCACCCCACAGUUCAACCAGUGGUUCCUAUACGUUCUGCUGGUGUUUGUGAUUGGAACGCUGUUGACAGAGAUCAUCUUCUUGAAUAAAGCCCUUAACCUCUUCAAUGCCGCUCUUGUCACGCCUACCUAUUACGUCUAUUUCACCAGUACCACUAUCAUCACAUCAGCUGUCCUAUUUCGAGGCUUCAAAGGCACGGCAACAUCCAUCGUCACCGUUGUCAUGGGCUUCUUGACCAUCUGCUCUGGAGUCGUCCUCCUCCAGCUCUCCAAGUCCGCCAAAGAUGUACCCGAUGCGGCCGUCUUCUCAGGUGAUCUGGACCAGAUUCACACAAUUGCCGAACAAGAGCAGCCAGAAACAGAGCCCAAGGCUGAUGCCAUCCGUGGCGCUGCCGCCAUUGUCAGGCGCUUCUCUGUUGCACGACAGAACAUGGAGGUGGAGGAGCUCAAGCGACUUCAUGAGGAGAAAGAACGAGAGCGGCUGGAGCCUGUCAGCGAAGAUGGGUCGACAUUUGAGUGGGAUGGCCUGCGCAGGCGGAAGACGAUAAUCGGCAGCCAGCGAUCGAGAGCCAUGACCUCCCCCAAUCCAUUUACACCUGCACCGCCGAUGCCGCAUCCUCCCCUUGGAAUGUCGCAUUUCCCCACUGACGACGAGCUGGCCGAGCACGAUCGGCCCACCUCUCCAGGCGCCCUCUCCAGCAUUGUAGGCACGAUCCGAAGUCGUGCAAAAAGUGCAUUACUACCCGGCCAUCCGGACUUCCGCGCCAACCAAGAUCCCACCAAGGUCCAGAGCCCAAUGCACCCUGUUCAGUUGACCGAGAUCUCGGUCCAUGGCCAAAAGUCUGGCGAUGAUGUUUUCUACGGGCAGGGCGGUUACGGUCUCCCUGGCGGCAAAACGGAGUACGAGGGCUCGGGGGCUAGCCUCUCGAGCGGCCGCCGAGUGCAAUUCGGCGGAGACAACCGCCAGGCAUCACAGGGCAGCAUGGCCAGCAGCCAGCUGGCGCCGCCCACACCACCGCCCCAUUCCGCUCGCCGUCAGUUCUCCUUUCAAAACGUCUUUAGGCGGCAUCAACAACAAGCUGGUACCGGAGAGGACGGGGCACAGGACCCUCCGCCGAGUCGCCCCUUUGCUCGUCCCGGCAUAUCAAGCCGAGGAUACUCGAACCCGCAUGUCAAGGGCGCUACGGAAGAGGAGCGAUUGGGCCUUGUCAAGGGUGACUCACAUAGCAUGCCUGCUCUGCCGACGUAUGAUGACGAGGAGGCUGAGGAGGCCGAGCCAUAUACCGAUGAUAAAACGGCAAGAUACGGCCGUGGCAUCACAAACAGUCCGCCGCGCAGAGGGAGCAACGAGAAAGAGACGGACGCCCAACUAACAGACUACGAGGAGAGCGCGAGAAGGUGGCAUGAGAUCCGGGACGGAAGCCGGGAUGCCGCGCCUCCUCCUCCUCCGCCGGGUGGAAGAAGGAAUAGCCCGCCUAGUGGCGGUGAUGGCGCUUUCAUCUAG